AUGCUACAGGAGAGUGGUUCUUUUGCUUACCCUGGAAGUAUAACCAUAUGGAAUGGAAUGAAGAAGUUUCUUCUUGAGAAGUAUUUUCUGACAUCAAAAGCAACUGUGAUUCGCAAGGAGAUUUGUGGUAUUAGACAAGUAUUGGGGGAGACUCUCUAUGAGUAUUGGGAGCGUUACAAGAAGCUUUUAGCUAGCUGUGCACACCACCAAAUCAACGAUCAACUUGUGAUUCAAUAUUUCUAUGAGGGGUUGCUUUCUAAUGAUAGAAAUUUGAUCGAUGUCGCAAGUGGUGGUGCACUCACCAACAAAACCAUUGUUGCUACAAGCUUGUUAGAAAACAUGGCUGCGAACAUUCAACAAUUUUACACUCGAUAUGAACCAACAGUAAGGAAAGUGAAUGAAGUUGGAGAUUCUUCACACUUGGAACAUAGAAUGGGUAACAUGGAGAGGAUGAUGCAACAAAUAACAGCGACUGUAAUACCAUCAUACUCCGAAGAAGUGGAGAAAGCAAGUGUUAUGUACCCAAAUCAGCAACUGCCAAGAUAUGAUCCUUAUUCCAGCACAUAUAAUCCGGGUUGGAGAGAUCAUCCUAAUUUCAGCUACGCCAACAAGCAAGAUGCAGUCUCUAAUCCUUCUUUAAAUCAACAAGGUGGGUACCAAUUCUUGCAAAGGCCGCCAAAAGAAUCUCAAGGCAUGAGUAUAGAUGACAAGUUGAAUCUAAUUCUUAAUACAAUAGCGCAAGAUAAGCAAAAGGCAGAGAUGGAUAUGAAGGACAUCAGAACACAAAUGGGUCAACUAGCUACUACCGUGAGCAAAUUGGAAGCACAAGCAGAUGGAGAACUUCCCUCCUAA